UGGCUCAAGCUGCGCAGGGGAGUUAUUGCAAGGGACAGGCUAGCUGCAAAAAAACAGAAGCGUGCAUUGAAUGCACAUUUAUUUAUUUAUUUUUUACAAUUUUAUACAGAAAAAUUAAUAAAUAUCAUUAUCAUGCCUGGGAUGAUGGAUAAAGGGUCGGAGUACCUAGGGAAAGGUCGGUCCAACGGCACGAAAAGCCCCUCAAACGCUUCGAAUGGCCAUUUUUCUGAUGAGAGUGGCAGCGACGACGAGCACGAUGUUGGAAUGCGUGUGGGAUCCGAUUAUCAAGCCAAUAUUCCUGAAUAUGAUCCAGGUUCUACCAAAUACAGUGAUAAAGACACCGGAGGCAUGUUGGUGUGGUCUCCAUAUCAUACUAUAGUCGACACUAAAUUGGAUGAAUACAUUGCCAUUGCAAAGGAAAAACAUGGCUAUAAUGUGGAGCAGGCUCUUGGCAUGCUCUUCUGGCACAAGCACAACAUUGAGAAGUCCAUGGCAGACCUGCCCAACUUCACCCCCUUCCCAGAUGACUGGACGGUGGAGGACAAAGUGCUGUUUGAGCAAGCCUUCAGCUUCCAUGGCAAGAGCUUUCACAGGAUCCAGCAGAUGUUGCCAGACAAAUCCAUAUCAAGUCUUGUGAAGUACUACUAUUCAUGGAAAAAGACCAGAUCAAGGACAAGCUUGAUGGACAGACAAGCAAGAAAGCUGGCAACCCGAAGUAAUCAAGAUGAAAGUGAUGAAGAAAUGGAGGAAGCUAAUCCUAUUGAGGCAAAUGACAGUGAUUAUGACCCUACUAAAGAGACGAAGAAAGAGAGCCAUGUUGAGCCACAGAUAAUGAGCUCUAAGAUCAUCAUGGGCCGGCGAGACCACCAGACCCUGCAGCAUCGGCACCACUCACAGCGCUCCAAAUGCCGUCCACCCAAAGGCAUGUACCUCACGCAGGAGGACGUGGUGGCUGUGUCCUGCAGCUCCACCGCUGCUAACACUGUCCUCCGACAGCUCGACAUGGAGCUUGUCUCCCUUAAAAGACAGGUCCAAAAUGCCAAGCAGCUGAACAGCGCUCUGAAACAGAGGAUUGAAUCUGGCAUUGAUGAGUACCGGCUGCCUGAGUCCAACCAAAAAGUCAAUGCCCGCUGGACAACAGAUGAGCAGCUGCUUGCCGUUCAAGGAGUUCGCAAGUAUGGCAAAGACUUCCAGGCCAUCGCCGAUGUUAUUGGUAAUAAAACAGUGGGGCAAGUUAAGAACUUCUUUGUGAACUAUCGGCGGCGUUUUAACCUGGAGGAUGUGCUGCAGGAGUGGGAAGCCGAGCAGGGAACUCGUGCCCCCAACGGAGACAGCACAACCGCUGGGGAGGACGGAAAAAACAGCUCCAACCUGCCUUCAGGAAAGAGCACAGAUGAAGAGGAGGAAGAGGGUCAGGUGACACCUGCCUCUGGACCCUCUCCCAUAGCUGUAGCAUCAUUGGCCAUGGCAGCAGCAAGUGGCAGCACGUCCUUGAAUCAGCCUCCGCCUUUAUUACGGCCCUCUCUGCCAGCCACUCCUGCACUGCACCGUCAGCCUCCACCCCUCCAGCAGCAGGCCCGUUUCCUGCAGCCUCGAUCAGCUCUAAACCAGCCACCACCCCUCAUUCGGCCUUCCAACCCACUACCCCCACGCCUCAAUCCCCGCCCUGCUGCACCCACCAACACCGGCAUGGGCCCACAGCCCCCCACACUAGUGGGCAUUCCAUCUGAAAGCCCAUCUUCCUCUCUGCAUUGAGCAUGAGCAGCAGCACCCAGAACUGAGGGUGAGAAAGAGAAAGAAGCACUCACAAAUUCUUUCGUUGUUGAAUUUGUGGUAUUGUUUUCUAUCAACGUUUUGGUAUAGUCAUUAGAGGGCAGUAUUGAUCAUGUACCCACAAGAAACAGUUCAAAAGACAAAAACCUAGAUCAUAAGGUGCGUUAGUAAAGUGUUGAGCCAUUACAAUGUGCCAGAACAGCUUCAUUGUUUCUUGCCAUAGAUUCUCCACAGCUCUGGAACGGUGCCAGAGUGAUUUGGUGUUUUGGUGAUGGUGGUGGAGAGCACUGUUAAACAUGGUGCUCCAAAAUCUCCUGUAGGUUUUCACUUGGGUUGAGAUCCGGUGACUGUGAAGGCCAUAAAUUUACAUUCUAUACACACUAAUCAAACCGUCGUUGAGCCUUUUUGCCUUGUGGAUUGGGGUGGAGUCAUCCUGGAAGAGACCACUCCCAUAAGGAUAGAAAUGUUUUGUCAUAGCAUAAAAAUGAUCUGAAAAGAAUUUUGUACUGAUUUGUAGCAACUCUUUCCUCUAAGGGGAUAAAUGGACCUUAACCAUGCCACAAAAAAACCCUUACAGCAUUAAAGAUCCACUGUUUUUUUUCCCCCUUUAAUUUGUCACCACUCUGCAUGUGUGUAAUGUUAGCCUUUGACCGAUGUGUGUAAAUCAUGUUUAUUUAAAUAUUGUGUAACCGACCCUUUUUAAAAUGUUUUAUCAUAACAUGAUGCUCUUAUGAGUUCAUACAAGUGGCAAAAGACAAUGCUGUGUUCUAGAAAUUUGUCUUGCAGUGAGUGCUGCAAUAACCAAAAGUCCAGGAGGUGGAGCUGGACCUGAUCCACCUCCUCCUCUAACCCUAACCCGCUCACAACACAGAACAAUACACUUAUCCAGCCUGAAACACACCGAGUUGUUCCCGCGUCCCGGACUUUUGGCUCAAAUCUACCCAGGCAGGAGGAACUGAGUUACGUCCAACUUCACCCUUGGACUUUUGAUUCUGUAGUGACUGGUACUUGCUUGCAGUCAGAAAGUGACAAGAAGUGUUUGUUUUUUUAAGUUUAUUAUAAAAGGGCUUAUCAAGUCCUGCUGUAUUUCCUUUUCCUGAUGUAAGUGUUCAGUGCACAGUUUUUGUGACUCUCUUGUCAUGUGUGUGUAUAUAAAUAUGAUUUAUUUUUAUACUUGGUGCUAAGGACUACAGACAGAUUAAUGCCUAUUGUCCAUAUCUUUCACCAUGAAAGUGCUCUUAAGGUUUAAGAGAACAUUGUGUUUGUUUUGAAAUGGGCAUUUCCGAUUUUAAAUAUUGUCACAAGUCUUGAAAUUCUCCACAGACUACUGUGGUACACAGUUCAUGAUAUGAUAAAGAAUGGCCAAUUGAUUUUCAUUGAGAGAUUUUCAUUGCAUUAAAGACCAUGAAUUUUGACCUUGUUGAUUAUGAACACUAAAAAUAGCUGACAUCAAGUGGUCUAAAACUUAAAGUAUCCCUUUGGUAAAAAAAAAAAAAAAAAAAAAGUAUGAACAUUAAUAUUUUGGUAAUACAUUUACACUUUUAUGGACCUAAUUUCUAUUAAAAUUAGAUCAGUCAUUAGAGUCAAGUAGAUAUUAUUUAUAGAGCUACUUAUUUUGGAGUUAUUGAGGUUUCACCAGUAAAACAGGCUACUAACGAGUAAUAAAUAUAGGUGUUGUUGAUAUGUUUAUUUGCCUGUUCAAUGGAUACUUGUUCUUCAUUUCAUAAUCAUAAGUGUUUUGCUGUACUUCUGCUUUGGUUUGUUGAUUCAGUCUGUGGAGAUGCUGGGUUUGUGUUGUUCCUGCAUGUCACUAUGUAAGUUCACUGCUGUCUAUGUAUUUGAAUCCUUUUGUGUUGUAUUUUCUCUCAUGUAUGCUCUGUGGUCUGAUUUUAGUCUGAUUUUCAUGUAUCAACUUUAUAGUUUCUUUAAUGUAAAUCUAAGUGUAAAUGUUGUCCCUUUUUACACAGUUACCUCUUGGAAUGUCAAAAUUAUUUAUAGCACUUAUUGAUUAAGUAGGAACCACCUUCCUAGAGGAUUAAGAAUCUUUUUCCCUGUAACACUUGACAGACACAAUGUCUACUUUCUCUGCAUUUCAGGCAUUAAAGCAGAAGUGUCCACACUAAAUCUAUGUGCUCGUCUGUGCUUGGGGAGUCUUUUGUUUUCUCAGUUACAUCUUUUGUCUGAUGAAGAUCAUAUGAGAUGUUAAUUCGGUUUUUGUGGACCAGCGCAGUCAGAUAGCAAUUUUUUAUCUUCUCUA